GAUCACCAGGCCGGGUAAUCAGGACCGUAAACCAGUAGACAAUUUCUCCUGCCGCCAACUCAGAAGCAGAAGCAGAAGCAGAAGCAGAAGCAGAUGCCCCAAAGCUGAACAGCAGCAGCAGCAACAGCCGGUUGACGCAGAGGAAGGAAGAAGAAGGAUUAAAAAGAAAUAGUUGCUGAGGAUAUAUGACGACAACCAUGUAUGCUGGCGAGGACGAUAGCGCUGGUGCUGAGAACAGCCGGCGGGAUGAUAUAAGUGCAGGUGCAGAGCAAGGCGAUGCGGUGGUUGGAUUCACGGCUGUUAAUUCCAGUCUGGACAGAAGAAAUACAGCGAAAAUGUAUGUCUUAAUCUUCUGUUUUUGUGCUGGGAACUACUCACUCACUUUAUCAUGUUCCAGAACCGACCCUGAUCUUCCGCCACAACCCCACAACACCCCACCUUCCAUCACAACACCGACCCCAGACACCCACCACAAAUCACCACCAUCCGUCAGCGCAGGCGCAGGCACAGGAUCGCAGACCAGUGCGAGCGCUGGAAGCGGCAGCGGGAGUGGAAGUAAUUCAGGCAGCGGCAGCGACUCGCCAGAAACAGCUGCCUCAGACACAAACUCCCACUCAAAGAACUACAAGCGCACUUCACCUACUGCGUCCUCGGCGUCGCAGUCUGCUAAGCGGAGGAAGGGAUAUCAUGCCUGCAUAUAUUGCCGAAGGUCCCAUAUGACUUGUGAUUCAGAACGUCCCUGCUCGCGCUGCGUGAGAAGAAAUAUAGGCCACCUCUGCCGCGACGAAAACCCCACCACAAGCCCCUCCGCCAUCAAAGAAGAACCACAAACCACGACACCCCCCACGACCACAACCUCCCCCGACAAACCGGCAUACACCUACGAAAUCUCAAGCCAAGGCAUAACCGCCCCUCUCUCAAUCGGCAACAGCGCGCAGGCAUCCCCCGAAGCCUCUGCGCCGGCGGACUGGACGGCGGCGAUGAUGACCGACUCGACUGUUGAUUUGCUCACGAAUCUGACGCCGUAUCAGCAGCCGCUGUUUUACUCGGAAGGCGCGGGAAAUGAGUUUUCGUCGUUGAAUGAUUUUUUGACGUUGAUUGAGGAUGUGCCUCAGGCUCACCAGGCUCACCAAGCUCAGCAACAGGCUCAGCAACAGGCUCUGCCCGAGCAGGCAGCAGCAGCAACGGGACAGGAGCUAAAGCAAGAACCAGAGCUAAAGCAAGAGCGCGAGCAAGAGCAGGAACCAAGAUCACCAACCAACCCCGCCCGGAGCGAGACCCCGGACGUUGUUCUCCCGACCGUCCACAACCCCACGACGCUAAACCACCCCUCGCUCGAACCCCCAGCCGAGCAAAACCCGCUCUCUGCGCGCGCAAACGGCAACCUCACUCUAACAACCCCCACCCGCCCGAUCCAGGUCCCCGAGACCGCAAAAGACAAGUUCUUCCUGACCGCCGCCGACCCCGCGGACGGACCGGAGCACACGCCCGAAGAACGGCUGAAGCAGGUGAUCAACGCGAAGCUCGAAGCCGGUCUUUUGGCGCCGUAUAACUACGUCAAGGGCUACGCGCGCCUGCAGCGGUAUAUGGACCGACACAUGGCGGCUGCCUCGCGGCAGCGGAUUCUGAAGCCGUUGUCGAUCUUCCGGCCUGCGUUCCGGGCGAUCGCGCAGACGCUGAUUGAUGUGGAUUUAGUGCUGGUCGAGGAGGCGUUUGAGCGCAUGCUGCUGGACUACGACCGCGUCUUCACGUCGAUGGCGAUUCCUGCCUGUCUGUGGCGGCGCACGGGGGAGAUCUAUCGGGGGAAUAAGGAGUUUGCGGCGCUGGUCGAGGUGCCGGUUGAGGAUCUGCGGGACGGCAAGAUUGCAAUCUACGAGGUUUUGAGCGAAGACUCGGCGGUGAACUACUGGGAGAAAUACGGAAACAUCGCGUUCGACUCGGGCCAGAAAGCGGUGCUCACGAGCUGCACUCUGCGGUCGCGCGACGGACGCACGCGCAGGUCGUGCUGCUUCAGCUUCACCAUCAGACGGGACAGGUACAAUAUCCCGAGCUGCAUCAUUGGCAACUUCAUCCCGAUCCAUCCGUGAUCUGUACAUUAGCACAAUGUAGCGACGACAAUACAUUGUGAAUUUCAUAAUAGCAUGACGUAAUAUGU